AGCCAGAGGUUCACGAUGCAAUAUCUCAUUUCGCCUACACCCAUCUACCAUUAUCAGUGCGGAAUCGGGUAGAUAAUCGAUCACUGCUGAUCGUCUUACGUACAUAUCUCAUGUAUCUACGGUAGGUAUAGCGCAUGCGAAUGUGAAUGUAACCACAUCAACCAGACAAGCUAAGAGCUCUUAUCUAUCACAUUGGACUUGAUGCGCGGGGUUAGCAAGGGAGUAUGCCGAAGAUCGCAAGAGUGCGCGACUGUGUUCCCUAUUGUAGGGGUACUUGCAGAGACAAUGAGGGACCUGGUAACAUUCGCAAGAUACUCAUCAGAUCACGCAAAAUUCAAAGAUCACUCUAGCAACUGAAACAGGUAUACGGAAAACAUGUCGACAGUAGACAUCGGCGUCUUCAUCCCCAUCGGCAACAACGGGUGGCUCAUAUCAACAACAGCACCGCAGUACAUGCCGAGCUUCGAGCUAAACAAGCAAAUCGUGCAGAAAGCCGAGUCGUACAACUUCGACUUCGCGCUCUCGAUGAUCAAGCUGCGCGGCUUCGGCGGCAAGAGCGAGUUCUGGGACCACAACCUGGAGUCCUUCACGCUGAUGUCCGCGCUCGCGGCCGUGACCUCGAAAAUCAAGCUAUUCGCAUCAGCCGCGAUCCUCACCUUGCCCCCGGCGAUCGUCGCGCGCAUGGCCACGACCAUCGACUCGGUGGCGCCGGGCCGCUUCGGCGUGAACAUCGUCACGGGGUGGCAGUCGGCGGAGUACGCGCAGAUGGGCCUGUGGCCCGGCGACGCGUACUUCGGGUACCGGUACGACUACGCGACCGAGUACGUGCAGGUGAUGCGCGAGCUGUGGGAGCGGGGGGCCUCGGACUUCAAGGGCACGCAUUUCACUAUGGACGACUGUAAACUCUCGCCAAGACCGAAGGACGGCGUGAAGAUUGUGGCGGCGGGGCAGUCUGGGAGGGGCAUCGAGUUUGCGUCGCAGCUUGCGGAUUACAAUUUCGCGCUGGGCGCGGGGAUUAAUACGCCGACGGCGUACGCGCAGGCUACGGCGCGCUUGGUCGAGGCGACGAAGAAGACGGGGAGGGAUGUUGGGUCGUAUGUCCUGUUUAUGGUUAUUGCGGAUGAGACGGACGAGAAGGCCCUUGAGAAGUGGAGGGUUUACAACGAGGGUGCGGAUGCGGAGGCUAUGGCUUGGAUGCGCGCGCAGUCGUCGAAGGACGUUAAGGCCGAUGCGCAUUCUACUGCGAAGAGCCUGGAGCUGCCGGAGGGCGCGGUGAAUUUGAAUAUGGGGACGCUGAUGGGGAGUUACGAGAAUGUGGCGCGCAUGCUGGAUGAGGUGGCGGGCGUGGAGGGGACGAAGGGGAUUAUGCUUACGUUUGAUGAUUUUCUUGGGGGCGUGGAGGCGUUUGGGAGGGAGAUUCAGCCGUUGAUGAAGAGUAGGCAGGGGAGGGUGUAAGGGUGUAAGGGAGAAAGGGAUGAUAUGUGAUUU